GUCAACGUCAGUCAGAUAACCCAUAUCAAAAUCAAACAGCUGUUUCGUGAUUCGUGAACCGGAAUACCCGGAGAAUUAAUUUCAAAUCAAUUUACCUAAUUCAUUUAAAUAUAAUAAAACAAAUAGAAUGCCCGAAGAUACGAAAAAGAACAAUGAGAAAAUAAAAGAUCGCAGGGAACGAAAACCUAGGAACAGGAAUCAGAAAAGAGAAACUGAAAAUGUAGCAGAAAAGAAGACUGAAGAAUCCAAAAAUGUGCCGAAAGUUACAGUGCCACAGAAGCCAGUCUAUGAAACACCACCCCCGGAGUUUUACAAAAACUUGAAACGGGAGACAGAUGAAAUACUAAAGAUAACUGAAGAGGAGAAUACAAAAUACAAAAAGAAAGAGAUACAAAGCAACUGGGCCAAGUAUGAGGUUCCAAUUGACAGCUAUGAGGAGAUUGAGGAACAGGAGAACUUGGGUGCUGAUUAUGAGAAACUCAUACAAGCUCCUCCUUCCAUCGGCGGACAUUUUCAAUUCAAACAUGAAAAGUCUUGGGAUAUAAACACAGCUCCAUCGUUAUAUGAUAAGUACUUUAAUAUAAACAUGGAAGACCUCAAUAUUGCUCUUUGCACUAUUCCAUUUUACGAAAGGAACUCUAUAGACACGUCCAUCUUUACCGAAACAGAUAUACUAACGAUGAACAACAGAGCAACGAGGUUCAAACAGAAAUAUUACAAUGAUAAAUCAUACUCAACGCCAGAAACUGAAGCUCAAGAUAAAAUACUCAACAAUAUUAUGGAAAGCUUGAAAGAUGAUAAUAGUAAGAGAGACACGAGUAACGAUAUAGAUAUAAAAUGUGAUAAUGCUCGUAAAACUAGAGCAGAGUCAGAGAAAUCGGACAGUUAUAUAGAAUUACAAACUGAAAACAAGACUGAAAUAUCAAAAACUGUUGAAGAAAAUUUAGCACCGAAUGCAUUAACGAAUGAUGAAACUAAAAUCAAUGAAAUAGUAGUAAAGGAAGACAAAACGGAUGAUUUUAUUUUUGGGGACCCUAACAAACACGUCAAAGAACUCGAAUUAGAUCAUGUUCCAAUGGCAAGUCCUGUGUGCAAUAUAGAAACUAUUAAAAAUACUCCUGUAGUUGACAAGGUCCCAUCUGCUAUUACCGUAAAGACGACACCUAAUGCGUCUAAAGAAACCCCCGCGCCUAUUGCUACUUCGAAAGUAACAAACCAACCUGAAGAAACAAAGAAAAAUCCUGUUAUUGAAUCUCCGGAAGAUCUUGAGAAGUGGUUAGAUGACUUUUUAGAUGGUUAAAUAUACCUUAUACUAAUAUUUACAUUGUUUUGUAUAAAU